ACGCCUCAGAUAUGAGGUGUAACAUUUCAAGUUUUCAUUGUACUGUCCAGUCUUUAUUGACAACAUGUACGUAAAACUUCAAAAUUCCAAGUCGGGAUGACAGGUAUUCAUUCAAUUCGUGGAAACAAAUAGAUCGAUUAUCCAUGCAAGUUGCAUGUGCUCGCAUUACCAACAUUUAUCCUGCAUCUGGCAUCAAUAAAAUUUAUCGAUUUCCCACUAAUUGCCUACAUUUGAAUAAUAUUUCAAUUAAAAUUGAUAUCAUAGCGUUAUCAUCGCAUUUAUUGGAUUGUGUCAUAUUUACUGAUAUUAAGCUUGUCAACUAUUGUUUUCGCCUCACUUCGUCUUGUGCAUACUAGCACUCAACAUGGUGGAUGCAAAUAAUUCCAUAAAAACCUCCAUUUUAGGAUGGAUGGUACUUUGCAGUUUAGUGAUUGGUAGUCAUUGCCUUUCGGACUCUGACUACCCCUGGACUUACAGAUGUAUCCAAGAUACUAAGGACGGUCCAGCUUGUCAACGUGAAGAGACCGAGUCAAACAGCACAGAAAAAGUUCCUUUCAAUAUCUGUAUCCUGACCUGCGGUCCCUACGCGUCACUAUGGCCCUAUCCGUCUGGUCGAGUCGAGCUUGGACAGACCUUGACUGGUUUCGUUUUGGACCGUAUGGUAUUUUCUCCAGCGUCCCUUCCAGGAGAGAGUAAUGAAACUCUCUUCAGGAUGGUUGGAGAAGCAGAAUCAAUUUUUAAUGGACAUAUUCGAGCACUACUUCCAGAGAAUCACGUUGAUCCUCCCAUUCCAGUACGAAAUGUCGUUAUUCAACUGAAUAUUGAACUGUCGGACACAAAAUUGACACUAAAUACAGAUGAGUCGUACAAUUUUACUAUCAUUUCUGCGCUCCAACAAGUGUCUGUCACGAUCAGUGGAAAGACGUUUUUCGGCGUUCGACAUGGGUUGGAGACUUUAGCACAAUUGAUUGACUUUGAUUCUGAACGACAACAUUUGCAGAUUGUAAAUUCAGUAGUAAUUGAGGAUAAGCCCAUGUUUCGUUAUCGAGGCCUUCUCGUCGACACAGGACGCAAUUUCAUACCUGUCUCAGAUUUAAAAAGACUUAUCGACGGGAUGUCGUACAACAAGCUUAACAUGUUCCAUUGGCAUAUAACGGAUUCAAAUUCGUUCCCGUUUGACGCACGACGGGUUCCACAGAUGAUAAAAUAUGGGACUUAUGGGUCAGAAAAAAUUUACACACCCGAAGCCAUUUCUGAAUUUCUUGUAUAUUCAAACCAACGAGGAGUUAAGGUUAUUCCUGAGUUCGACAUGCCUUCUCAUGCAGGGAACGGUUGGCAAUGGGGAGAAAAAGAAGGCUUAGGCGAAUUGUCCCUUUGCGUAAAUGCUGAGCCUUAUCAAGAUUACUGCAUACAGCCGCCGUGCGGUCAACUCAAUCCACUCAACAAUAACAUGUACAACAUCCUGGGGGAACUCUUCAGAGAUUUUCUCGACGUGUUUGACAAGGAUGUAUUUCAUAUGGGUGGUGAUGAGAUUUCUUUUAAAUGUUGGCUAAAAUAUCCACACAUCAUCGAAUGGAUGGAGACAAAUAAUAAGACGAUAAUGGAUCUUUGGGGAUUGUUUCAAGAAAAUGCCUUAACAAAGCUGAAAGAAGCCAAUGAUGGACGACCAAUUGAUGCUAUCGUGUGGACGUCAGAAAUGACUAGUCAUGCUAGAGAAUUUUUGAGCCCGGACGAUUAUAUCAUUCAAAUUUGGAGCAAAGCUACUGACGAUCUUUCAACCGGAAUCUAUCAGGAUGGCUAUCGAGUAAUUUUUUCCAAUAACGAUACCGUAUACCUCGACCACGGGUACGGGCCGUGGAGGGGUAAUUAUGUGAAUCCAGCCGUUCUUAUCAAGACCUGGCAGGUCAUAUACGCUAACGAUAUUUUGGGACAAGUUGAAAAUCUGGUUGGGCGAGAAAAAAUGAUGGAGCUUUAUGAAUCAGGAAAGCUACUUGGAGGAGUCGCUACUUUGUGGUCAGAAAAGGGUGACAAGUACAAUAUGGACAUGAAAAUGUGGCCGAGGGGAGCGGCAUACGCUGAACGGCUCUGGUCAAACCCUCCAUCGCGACUGAAUGUCACUCAGCUGGCUUAUCCUCGCUUGAUCCAUCAGAGGGAACGACUCGUCCAGAGAGGAAUUCAUGCCGACACUUUGCUUCCUGAGGCUUGUCGGUAUAUCUGGGGUUUCUGCGACAAUAAUUAUUCUUAAUUAGCCAAAAGAAACUAAUAAAUAAUACCAAGAAAAAUAUUGCAAUGUAUAGAA